AUGGCAGAUAUUGAUAAUUCAAUUACAAAUUCAUCAAAUGAACUUUGGUUCAACUUUAUGCAACCAUUGGGAGGUGGUAUGCAAACUUUACAAUCACGUACAUCACCGGUCGCAUUGAACAAGUCUGUUGAAUUGUUGAAUUUCGAAUUCGGUAAUGGAUACAAUCAAAUGCAAUCGUGUGGCUCAACUAAAUCGAGCACCGGUUUCAUGACACACAAUCCAAUGUUGAUGUCAAACGGUAUGCAUCAGGACGGUGAAACCAGUCCAUCAUGUUACCUCAACCUCAACAGUAACGACACACAAUCAUCACAGGAGAUCCCGGCCACCAAUUUCGUCAGUCUCCCACAGUUUAUCGACGAACAAACACUCUCGUCGUCGCCAGUGCCAUCAUACUACUCGUCAUCGUCCUCCACACAGUCGUCGCCAAUCCAAGACUUCCCAACAUCGCCACAACAACAAAUUCCAACCUUUUCACCAGAGUAUAACAUGGUCUUUAGUUUCGUACAACAAAACACACCAAAGUCCGAUAUAAUUCCACUCGUCAACCCAUUUACAAGUCAAAUCAAUAAUAAUAACAACAACAACAAUCAAUCAAUUAAUAACAACCACCACAAUAAUCAAAUUAAUACACAACAACUUAUUGCACCAAUAAUAGAUAAUAAUAGUUCCGAUUUCAAUGAAAUGGUUGACAAACCAUUCUCCAAAGACAACUUUAUGAAUCAAUUAAAGUCGAUUGUCCCAAGUUUUACUGAGCAUUCAGAAGCCUAUAUAUCCGAUGACCCAACUUCAUCCUCUGAGAGCUCCCAAGAAUCAGAGUACGACCACCUACCAACCAAGAAGCGUGGUCGUGAUGAAGACAUCGAUACAUCUGGAUUUACAGUAUUGUCAAAGGACCAGGUACUUAAAUUGUCGAGUAAAGAGAUUGAAGAGUAUGUCUCCAAGUUGAAACAACACCACGUUCUCACUCCAUCCGACGAGAAGGAGCUGAAAAAACAGAGACGUCUCAUAAAGAAUCGUGAAUACGCUUCUCAGUCUCGUUCACGUCGUAAGGUCUACGUAGAAUCGAUCGAAUCGAAACUACAAAAAACCAACAACGAGUGUUCCAACAUCAAACAACAGCUCACUGAAAUCAAAGAGGAGAAUCGUGAACUCAAGAAACAACUCUUCUCUCUCACUCAAACACUUAAAGCCAACCCAUCGUUGGCAGAGGCAUUCGGUAAGAUCUUCUCCAUAGGCAGUGCUGAUUCUAAAAAAACAGCUGCCACUCUUUCUCUAUUUGUAUUUUUCACUUUAUUUACCUUUACUUUCCUUCUUUUCCCUUCUCAACCAACUUUUACUUUAUCACCAACUCAAGGUCAAGAAUAUUUCAGAAGACAUUUGCUCAAUCUCGAUACACCAGUAUCUAUGUACGAUACCACCAUUUUAUUAAAGAAUCAACUUAUGACAGAAACCAAGAGAUAUAUAUCAAUGAUGCUUGGUGGCAAUUCAGAUGAAAAACAAUUUGCAGACAAUUCCUUCGUCAAUUCACUCAAGAACAAAUCAGAUUUAAAUUCAACAACAAAGUCAGCAUCAAAAGAAAACAAUGCACCAGCCGAGCAAAAAUCAAACAAAAGACACAAACCAACUCAUGUAGAAACUCCACCAUCAUCACCUGCAAUCAUCUGUGCUGAUUUGAAAUUUUUUGCUGAUAUCUUUAGCCAAAAAUAUCAAAUCUUCUCGAAAUUCAAGAUGAUGGUCAAGUUCACAGUUGAUAAGAUCUCACAAUCAAUGAAUGAAAGAAACAACAUUCGUAAUUUCUCAGUUAUUGCUCAUGUCGAUCAUGGUAAGACUACUUUGUCUGAUUCUCUCGUUGCACGUGCCGGUAUCAUUCCAGAAGGUAAAGCCGGUGAUCUCCGUUACAUGAGUGCACGUGGUGAUGAAAUUGCUCGUGGUAUCACCAUCAAGUCGUCCAGUGUCUCUUUGCACUUUGAGUUGCCAGAGUCUGCCCCAUUGCCAGCUGGUUCAACUGACCGUCAAUUCCUCCUCAAUCUCAUUGAUUCUCCGGGUCACGUUGACUUCUCUUCUGAAGUUACUGCCGCCUUGCGUGUCACUGAUGGUGCUCUUGUCGUUGUCGACGCCAUCGAGGGUGUUUGUGUCCAAACCGAGACAGUCUUGCGUCAAGCAUUGUCCGAGCGUAUUGUACCAGUUCUCUUUGUUAACAAAAUGGAUAGAUUGUUCCUGGAACUCCAGGUCGCACCUGAGGAUGCCUAUCUUGCUCUGCGUAACGCCAUUGAAGCUACCAAUGCCGUCGUCCAAAUGGGUGAGAAUCAAAAGAUGCUCGACCCAAAGGUUGGAAACGUUGGUUUUGGUAGUGGAUAUCAAGGAUGGGGAUUUACUCUUGAAAACUGGAUGGACGUACUCUCGGAACGUGGAUUCUGUCGUCUCAUCUACGAACCACUGCGUGCUCUCAUCCUCGCCGCCAAGGAUGAAUCCAACAUCGAUAGUCUCAUCGGAAAGUUGGACAACUUGGACAUCAAGCUGUCCAAAGCUGAGCUGGAGUUACGUGGUAAGGAUCUUCUGAGAACUGUUAUGAAGAAGUUCUUGCCUGCAGAUGAAUGUAUUCUCUCGAUGGUGGUGCAUCAUCUGCCUUCACCGAUAGUGGCGCAGCGGUACCGUACAGAGUCACUCUACACCGGUCCAAUGGACGACGAGUGUGCUAAAGCAAUGAAGGCUUGCGAUCCAAACGGUCCAGUAAUGAUGUUCGUAAGCAAGAUGAUUCCAUUCGGCGAACGUUUCGUUGCGUUCGGUCGUGUCUUCUCUGGAACCAUCACCAGUGGUCAAACCGUUCGAAUUCUCCAGCCUUCGUACGAUCCCGAGACCAGUCCAAACGACUUCAACACCAAGAAGAUCACCAGUAUCGUUUUGAUGAUGGGCCGUAAGAGUGAAACCAUCGAAAGCUGUCCAUGUGAAGCAAGAGGUAUUGUCUCCAUGAAAUUCUCUGUGUCUCCAGUGGUCAAGGUGGCAGUCAAACCAAAGGAUCCAACUCAUCUUCCAAAGCUGGUAGAAGGUAUCCGUAAGGUAAUCAAAACCGAUCCAGCCAUUCAACACUACACCGCCAGCACUGGUGAGAUCUACAAGAGUAUUCCAACUGUGAAAUCGAAGGCAUCCAAUCCAGUGGUAAGCUAUCGUGAGACUGUCCAAGGAACAUCGCCCGUCUGCAUGGCCAAUUCGGCCAACAAGCACAAUCGUAUCUAUGUCAGUGCCUCGCCACUCGGUGCCGAGUCUGCCAAUCAGAUCGAAUCGAAAGAACUCGAUCCAAACAGCAAUGACAUUGCCGGAAGAACACAAUUCUUCGUUAGAAACCACAGCUGGGAAGCGAAUGAAGCCAAGCAAAUCUGGUCGUUCGGUCCGAUUUGA